AUGGGGCUUUGCAAGUGCCCCAAGAGGAAGGUGACAAACCUAUUCUGCUUCGAACACCGGGUCAACGUCUGCGAGCACUGCCUGGUAGCCAAUCACGCCAAGUGCAUCGUACAGUCUUACCUGCAGUGGCUCCAAGAUAGUGACUACAGCUCCAAUUGCCGCCUGUGCAACACACCCCUGGCCUCGCGAGAGACGACCCGCCUUGUCUGCUAUGAUCUCUUCCAUUGGGCCUGCCUCAAUGAACGUGCUGCCCAGCUACCCCGAAACACAGCUCCUGCUGGCUACCAGUGUCCCAGCUGCAGCGGCCCCAUCUUCCCCCCAAGCAACCUGGUUGGUCCUGUGGCCUCUGUGCUGAGAGAGAAGCUGACUACGGUCAACUGGGCCCGGGCAGGACUGGGCCUUCCUCUGAUCGAUGAGGUGGUGAGCCCAGAGCCCGAGCCCCUCAGCACUUCCGACUUCUCUGACUGGUCCAGCUUUAACGCCAGCACCUCUGCACAAGAAGAGACAGCCAGCACUUCUGCCCCAGCCUUCUACAGCCAAGCCCCCCGGCCCCCCGCGUCCCCCGGCCGGCCUGAGCAGCACACGGUGAUCCACAUGGGCAGCUCUGAGCCCCUGACGCACGCCUCGGCCCCAAGGAAGGUGUAUGACACGCGGGACGAUGACCGGGCGCCAGGCCUCCACAGGGAUUGCGAUGAUGACAAGUACCGCCGCCGGCCUGCCCUGGGCUGGCUGGCCCAGCUGCUCAGGAGCCGGGACGGGUCUCGUAAACGGCCGCUGACCCUGCUCCAGCGGGCGGGGCUGCUGCUGCUGCUGGGACUGCUGGGCUUCCUGGCCCUUCUUGCCCUCAUGUCUCGCCUGGGCCGGGCUGCAGCUGACAAUGAUCCCAACCUGGACCCCCUCAUGAACCCUCACAUCCGUGUGGGUCCCUCCUGA